CUCCAGUCAUACUCACAACCAUGAACUUUACUCUGAUAACAGCUUUUAGUCUCUGCAGCCUCUGCUGGUUCUCUGUCUCAGGUUCUGAGUUUAAGACUAUGGACGUCCAGUCGGGUCAAGACGUCACACUCACAUGCUCCGGUAAGGAGCAGCAUGAUACUGUGAUAAUCUGGUUCAGAGUGGUCAACAGAACCUCAUUCGGUUAUAUCUAUACUGUUUACCCAUCUGGAAAAGUUGCUGCAACAAGUGAUCAAUUCCCAAAUGGAAAAUAUGAAACAGUCUCUGACAGCUCCUCUGUCCUUCUCAAAAUCAAGUCUCUGGAUUCAUCAGACUCUGGGUUGUAUGUCUGUGGAAUUCUCAGAAAUGGAAAUCUACUUUUAACUAGGACACAUUUAACAAUUGAUGGCACUGAUGAGUUUCAUUGUAACAUGGACAACAAACGUAAAAGUGCUGAUCAGUCUGAUGGUAACAUGGACAGCAAAUGUAAACAGGCUGAUGAAAUGGUAAAGCUGGUGAGCGUGGCCCUGGAUGGACUGACUGUUAUCCUUGUAAUGGUCAUCAUUGGUGUGGUAUUCCAGAACUUGAUGCUUACAAAAAAGCUUAAAAAAGCUCAAGAAGAACGGAAUCCAGAGCAAAGUCAGAAACAUGGCUCUGACGACCUGAACUACGCUGCAGUGACUUUUCAAAAGAGAGAAAAAAAGAGGAGAACCAGAGCCAAAUGUUAUUUAUGCUGCUACCAGAUAGACUGGGAACUGUGCUGCAUCGUAUUUACUUUAUGUUUUGUGGCUUUAGAUGGCUUGUUGGUUUAAAGAAGAAAAGUCUAAUUGUGCAAUAAAGAUCCAA